AUGUUUGAAAAUGGCCAAAUGUAAGUUAUUUUUGAUAUUUUUUGUGAUUUUAGGGUUUGAAACCAAAUAAUUAGAAGCAGGUCGUGGGAUUGAUGGGGAUAUAUUGCUAAUAGGUGUUGAUAUAUCAUUAAUAGAUCGAGAUGUAUAAUAAAAUAUGAUUUUCUUUCUAAACAGCUUUUUUUCGCUUUGGUGAAGGAUUGGUGAACUAAAACAAGAAUACUGAUGUCAUAUUUUAUAUUUUUAAUUUGUAAAGCAUUUGAAUAGUGUAAAAUAAGGUAAUGAAUGUUUUAUAUAAGAACAAGUCGAACGUGACUUCGUGAACGGUCAAUGCUGGGUUUCGAAGAUGUUCACCAUGGUCUAAUACCUGAAAACGAAAGAAGAGCUAUUGUAUGGAUAAAUAUUGCUUAUAUUAUUAAAUAUGAAAUUAUAAUUGGAGGAAUAUUAAAAUUUUGUUAGUAAGUUGCUUUUUGUUUGUCUUUUUUGAUUUUAAACAUAUUUUUCGCUAUUUUUUAAAUCUUGCACAUUAGAAGCAUGGAGAAUAUAAGUUGUCUAAAUUUAUUUUAAUUAUUGGAAAAUUUUUUAGAGAAAUACGUUUUGAUUGAACUUUUGAUGGUUCACAGAGAAGAGUUAUGGUAUUAAAAAGCGAGAUAUUUGUGACUUGAGUUAUAUUAUCUAUGAGUUUUUAUCUGUUUGAAAAGUUUAUAUAUUAUAUUUUAUAAUAUUUUUCGCUUUUUAGUGUAAAAUCAUUUUAUGUUAUGUGAGUAAAAUAUAUUUUUUGAAUUUUUAUUUUUAAAAAAUAUUUUUUUUGUGUUAAACUUUAUGAAAACUCCAUUUUCAAUACUUUUAAAUGUCCAAAAUCACUUCAUUUUGUUAAUAACUUUUCUAGAAUGCGGUGGAAUUGGUUUUGCGUCUUCUUCUUAUCGAGUCUACUGGUCGUAUCUUGCAGGAACGUGGACGUGUUCGUUGGAAAGUCAGUCUAUUUACCCUGCAAUUCGACGGAAAACACGUUUUGGCGAGUGAAUGCGGCUAAACACGAGCUGAACGGUACGAUAAUCGGUGGUGACAAUGUCAAUAUUCAAAACCGAGUCAAACUGGUCAAUGGUCAUUUGUUGUUGAGGAUGGUACAGCUGGAUUACCAUGGGAUAUAUGAGUGUGUGGAGAGAGUGAAUGGGAGUGAGGUGGUGGUUAGCGAAUAUUAUGUCAGUAAGUUGUUGUUGAAUUUUUAUGGUAUGGUUUGAUUUGCAUUUUCAAGAAGUUUUUUGAUUCAAUUUUUAAUAAUUUUGCCACUUCCAGAUCCAGUUGUAUGUGGAACCAAGAACAUUACAUCGUUUUGCAAAGACGGAGCUCCAUGUAUAACAACAACAAGCAGAAAGACCAAAUUUAUGUAUUCAUAUUGUCCAUGUCAUAGUCAAGAACAACCGUUAAAGAAGAUUGCUGGAUAUGAUGUCAACUUCAAGUUUAAUCUCUUUGAAUUCAUACAUCACCCGGAUAAUUUGAAGUACUUGCCGUUAAUUAGCAGCUUGUUCUUGUUACCUAUCACGUCUAUCAUGUUCAGCUGUUGCACUACUUUUAUGUAAGUUUUGUGGCAUUUUUCAUUAGAAAUGAGGAUUUUAUGACAUUUUUUAAUAAAAAUGAGGAUUUUGUGACAUUUUUUAUUAGAAAGUAAUCUUUUUUGAUCUAAACUUUUCAGUGACUGCUGCGUCUGCGACGUGACAAAAGAAGAGGACGAGAAGAUACCACUACAACAUCAUAAUCAUAUUCAUCCAGUAAUAUCUCGUGAUAUGGUAGAUCUUUUCCCAGCUGCGUACCGUCAUAACUUGGAUACGACGAAGCUCGAGGAACCAGACGAUGUGAAGGAAUUCAUAGAAAGGGUUGCCAAGCUAAUCACAAACAAUGCGAAUGGGGAGGCGUCAAGCUCUAAAACAGACCAAGGAACAUCGAGUAGAGCAUUGGGACCUAGCUCUGAAAAUCCAGCUCCACAGUCAAAUGCAUAG